AUCUCGAAGCUCUUAUCAACCGUCAACUCUGCGACAGCGAUAAAUCAGUGCCGUAGGCGACGUGAUUUCGGUCCGGACUUCAUUUUGAUAUACCCAUAGCAGCAGCGACAAUCUUCGCUUGCUCAAUUGACGCCCGCGUCACCACCUUACAAUGCCUCUCCUUCCGCCCUCCCACCCAUCCUUCACACAGCUUCGAAGCUUCACCUGCACAGCGCGAACACUCGCAAAAUCAACCAAACAACGACUAAAAUUUGAGCAUUCAGCGGUCCCAGAAUACCCAUACGGGCCUUCACAAGUCUACAAGCAAUCGAAUUUCGGUCUCUAUGGCACGCAAAAGAUCCGCUUCGGGAACAUGGUAUCCGAGAAGAAUGAAAUCAAGACGAGGAGAUACUGGCGGCCGAACGUGCACUCGAAACGGCUGUGGAGCGAGGCGCUGCAGGCUUAUAUACGGCUGAGGAUCACGACGAGAGUUUUGAGGACACUGGAUAAAGUGGGCGGUUUGGAUGAGUAUCUACUAGGAGAGAAAGCUGGCAGGAUAAAGGAGCUGGGAAUGGGGGGUUGGAAGCUGAGAUGGAGGAUUAUGCAGACGGAGGCUGUGAAGGAGAGGUUCAGGAAACAGAGGGAAUUGAUGGGACUACCGCCGAAAGAGGAGGUACUUCAGGGCUCGGAUGGGAUGUUGGCUACUGCAGAGCAGGUUGAGGAUGAGAUAAAGCAGUUCGAUGAGGAUUUGCAGAAGGGGCAAGAUGUGGAUAUUGGGGAAGAGGUAGAGGAACAAAUAUCUGUCGAUGAGGGGUUCAUGAGCGAAGAACCGCCGAGCCGGGAGAAGGUCUUGUUAUAGGGAAGUGGGACCAUGUAUUAUCACACAGCAUUACUGUCCAUACUCAAUUGUAUCUCUGUACAAUCCGAGUAGAAUAUCCCGGGCGAUGUUGUAGCUUGGAAUAUCCGCCGGGUGGCUUCACAGUCUCUCCGGAUCUCAUCUUCACCUCGCUGAGUGGCAGGACCAGAUUGCAAUAUUUGGCAUGGAAAACACACGUGGCACGGAUAGCGCAAGCCGGGUGUCACUGGUAAGUCCUUUCCUAACCAGGAGAGUAUGGAAAAUGCUUCUAAUAUCAACAUCACGCUGCCGAGCUUCGAAUCGCGC